AUGACUGUUGAGAAGGUAAUAAGGAAAGGAUGUCUAUUGGUAGCUUUGCCAAAUUCAGUGGAUUCUCCUGUCGAAAUAUUUGAACUUCCACAUCCAUCGAAUAACGAAUCAAAGAAACCUAUCAAACUGUUUGUACACGACGAUAAAGUAUACCAGCUUAAAAUCAAAAAGUUCAGUAAAGGCUGUGACUAUAAUUGCUCGCGAGAUUUAGUGAAUGAUAAAUAUCAUUAUACUUCAGAUUCGCAAACAUUUAAAUCCACAUUUUUGAUCAAUGAAGAGAACAGGAAAGAUGGACACAUACUAGAAGAUGGUUCGAUACUAUAUGCCGAAAAAUAUGACUUAACUUUUAAUAUAUGUGGGUAUUAUUAUAGGAACAACAAAGUUACUAGUGAGGAUCUAGCGUUUAUUACACCUUGCGUUCCACCCGCACUCGAUAUGGAUACUAACUUUUAUACUAGUUCUGAUUACCAAGAGAAAUUAACGAAUAAUCACAGUGAAAAUUGGGAGAAGAUACCUCCAAAAUUAUGGGAAAGUUGUCUCGGGAAAAUAUCACAUACAGUGGAAGAAGCUGGUGACAAGUAUUAUCGUAUCGAACCUCAAAUGAUAGUAGAAUGGCUACUGAAGAAAGUCAUCAAAAUCAACAACAACUUCCCUACUUCUCUUAAAAUACCAAAAUCGCUACCUGAAGAUAUAGCAUCAUCUCUGAAAUGCAUAAUGUCGUGUAAUCUUCUAGUUUCCUUGAUCCCACAACUCGCAUACCAGGAUCUAAUUAGACAUGAAUCUUCAAAUCUUAACAUCAAACAAUGUUUCGACUCAUACGACAAGUACAAGAACGAAACAUUACAAACAGAAAGGGAAAGAGAGCUCCUUAUCAAAGCUGCUAUGUCUACAGCCAUUCCAAAUGGCACAAAAACCGUAAAGAAACAACCUAUUCAAAAGGCUAAAGUUGUGAAACCAAAGGUUGCUAAGGGUAAAGGAAGAAUUGACGGAUUCUUCAAAACUAACAAAACAUAA